GGAGUUUAUUUCUCACAUCCACAGAAUCGACGACUGUUUUUGUGCAUCUCGGAAACUGGAUGCAGUUGCCACUGAAGCGAAGUUCAAGCAGGACCUGGGUUUCCGGAUGCUCAACUGUGGCCGAACGGAUCUGGUUAAACAAGCCAUAUCCUUGCUGGGGCCGGAUGGGAUUAACAGCAUGAGUGAACAGGGCAUGACUCCACUGAUGUAUGCUUGUGUCAGGGGUGAUGAGGCUAUGGUGCAGAUGCUGCUAGAUGCUGGAGCAGAUCUGAAUGCUGAGGUUGUCAGUACUGCUCAUAAAUACCCAUCCGUCCACCCUGAGACCCGCCAUUGGACAGCUCUGACAUUUGCUGUGUUGCAUGGACAUAUUCCUGUAGUUCAGCUGUUGCUGGAUGCUGGAGCAAAGGUAGAAGGUUCUUUGGAGCAUGGAGAGGAAAACUACUCUGAAACUCCUUUACAGUUGGCAGCAGCUGCUGGAAAUUUUGAACUGGUCAGUUUGCUGUUGGAGCGAGGAGCUGACCCCAUGAUAGGAACAAUGUACAGGAACGGCAUUUCCAUGACUCCACAAGGUGACAUGAACUCUUUCAGUCAGGCUGCUGCACAUGGACACAGCCAUCCAGAGGAACAUAGAUACAGGUUAGAGACGCUGCUUGCUCAGCCAGAGAAGGAGAAGAGUGAUAUUCUGUCACUGGAGGAGAUCCUGGCCGAGGGGACAGACUUGCCCGACUCAGCAGCAGCUCCACUCUGCGCCAGCCGCAACAGCAAGGCCAAGCUGAAAGCCCUGAAGGAGGCCAUGUACCACAGCGCCGAGCACGGCUACGUAGAUGUGACCAUUGACAUACGGAGCAUAGGUGUUCCCUGGACACUGCAUACAUGGCUGGAGUCCUUGCGUACAUCCUUCCAGCAGCACCGACGACCCCUGAUCCAGUGCCUGCUAAAGGAAUUCAAGUCCAUUCAGGAAGAAGAGUACACAGAGGAGCUCAUCACACAAGGGUUGCCUCUGAUGUUUGAGAUACUGAAAGCCAGCAAGAACGAAGUGAUCAGCCAGCAACUGUCUGUCAUUUUCACUCAUUGCUACGGACCCUACCCUAUUCCAAAGCUCGUUGAAAUUAAGCGCAAGCAGACCUCUCGCCUAGAUCCCCAUUUUCUUAACAACAAAGAGAUGUCAGAUGUUACAUUUCUGGUGGAAGGAAGACCAUUUUAUGCACACAGAGUGUUGCUAUUUACUGCAUCACCAAGGUUUAAAGCCUUGCUGUCUAGCAAGCCCUCAUCUGAUAGUACUUGUAUUGAGAUCAACUAUGUGAAGUACCCCAUCUUUCAGCUGGUUAUGCAGUAUCUUUAUUACGGAGGUGCAGAGUCACUCCUGAUUAAAAAUAAUGAAAUUAUGGAGCUUCUCUCUGCUGCUAAAUUUUUCCAGCUUGAAGCUUUACAACGACACUGUGAGAUCAUUUGCGCAAAAAGCAUUAAUACAGAAAACUGCGUGGAUAUUUAUAAUCAUGCCAAGUUUCUCGGAGUCACAGAACUAUCUUCCUAUUGUGAAGGCUACUUUCUAAAAAAUAUGAUGGUCCUCAUUGAAAACGAAGCUUUCAAACAGCUGUUGUAUGACAAGAAUGGAGAAACGUCUGGUCAAAAUGUACUACAGGACUUACAGAGGACGUUGGCCACAAGGAUUCAGUCAAUUCAUUUGUCUUCUUCAAAGGGCUCCAUUGUAUAAAGCCGAGGAAGACGGUAGCCCUCUAAUAAAGACCCUGCAAGUUAAGUCUGCUGUUGCAGUUGCCUAAACCCGUUGCAGUUGCUUAAAUGACUACAAAAACAAAAUAUUAAAAAAUUCUACUUUGCAUCCAAAUAGUUCUGUGUUGGCCAGAGGCGCUGCACUGGGGCUGUGGCCCCAUUUGGAUGAGGGAAUACAGAAAACAAAGUUCCUCUGUGUUUUUGAGCAAACAGGGUACAAGAGUAUCCAGUGAAUCGCUGUUGUACGCAAACUCUGAACACACGCACGUGGUCAUGGAGCUCAAUGCCAACAAAAGCCAGAACUCACGUCAGUGAACAGCAGAAGCCCCUGCCUGAGCAGUGGUGCCAGGGAGCACCCGAAUUGACCGAGUAAUCAUUUAAGGCGGAUUUGUUCCAGUGUUACAUGUUUAAGAACUAUAUCUGUCCCGGAGUCCAUUAUCUCGUGCAUUUAAGACAUGUAAGAACUGUUAUUGCUGUCGAACAAAGAUCAACUGUAUUAGAGAGUGGGUAAGACUGUUGCAGCUGAGGAAAUAUACUGGCAGAUUUUUAGGGGUGGGAACUUUUUCAAUUGUUCAUAAAACAAAAAAUGGGGUGGCCUUGUAGUUUAAAAACUAUUUCUUAAGCUUAAAAUUUCAUUUUCGACAGAGCUGUGUUUGAGAAUCUAUGUAACAUGUUUUGUUUUUUAAAUGGUAAAAUGUACAUUGUGUAAACAUACAUAUGAUCAAGUUUUGCUUGUAUUCUUUCCUAGGGUGGUAUAAUCUUGCCUAACAGGCUAUGGUUACACCAAAGAGGUACAUUACCCAAACCAUCUCUAAUACAGUAAUUGGGGGGCAGGAGAACUGCAUGCUACUCGUAAUUUGGGGUUAAAAACAGUGACAAACUCAUCAUGCAUUUGCAUGGUAACUGUACCUGUGAAAUGUUACGUUCGUGCUUCGUUUCGCCAAGACAAAUGCAAUGUUACUUCUUGUCAAACUUCAUUUGUGAAAUUAGCAUAUUUUUUUAUUUGGUGCGAUUGGUUGUGAUACGACACCCCCGGAGACCCUUCUUGAGAUGCUGGUUUCUGUUUGUUACAGUGAAGGGAUAAUAACAGGUCUUUGCUUCAGUUAUAUGUCGAUGCUUUGCUACUGGCCAGAGAUUGUGUCUGAGUUAGACUUUUUUAAAUUAUAAUUAAAUAUGUACUAUAGA